GUGCCUCAGCAGAAACGUUCCGUGCUGCUGUUUUCUGACAAAACGAGGAAACAUCUCAAGUUUUCUUUUCUGUGUUUUCAAAUCUCGUAGUUUUUCUAGUUGAUGUCUCAAUGGAUCUCGGCUUCGUUGACGCUCACUGUCACAUCUCAGCCCGUGAAUUCGAGGAGGAUCUGGGGGAUGUGAUCCAGAGAAGCAGACGGGCUGGGGUAGAGACCCUGAUUGCUGUAACAGAAGAAGUUGGGGAGUUCAGCAGAGUUCUCCAGCUGCAACAACGUUAUCCAGAUGUGGUGGCUCCGUGUUUCGGCCUCCAUCCUCUGCAGGGCGGCGAGGGGCCCGAGCCGCGCUGCGCGAAGCCUCAGGACCUGGAUGCUGCUCUGCCUCUGUUCUACAAACACAGAGAACACCUUGUUGCUGUUGGAGAGAUCGGUUUGGACUUCACACCGUGGCGUGCUCCCACUCAGCAGGACAGGGACGACCAGAUGACUGUGUUCGUUAAACAGCUCGACGUCGCCAAGGAGCUGGACCUUCCUGUGAACGUCCACUCACGAUCAGCUGCUAAAGUCACCGUAGAGACCAUGAGAGAACAGGGCAUCAGUCGCGCUCUGCUUCACAACUUCGCGGGGAAGCCGUCGGUGGCUCUGGAAGGUGUGAAGGCCGGUUACCUCUUCUCCUUCCCACCUGCUGUCUGCAGAAACCAACAGAGAGACAAACUGAUCAGAGCGAUCCCACUGGAGCACAUCUGUCUGGAGACGGACUCUCCCGCCCUGGGGCUCGACAAGCACGGGAGGAACGAGCCCUGCAACAUCGUCCUGUCCUGCCGGUACAUCGCUGACGUCAAAGGUCUGUCAGCUCAAACCGUUCAGCUCAUCACUGCACAAAAUGCGUACAGACUCUUCCCCGGGGCGGACAAGCAGCGACGCACACACAGCUCUUAAAUCUGCGGUUUGGCCUGAGGGGGGGGUGAAGAGUUUUCGAGGAGCGCCGCUGAAGGAGCAGCAUGUUUUGACCUGAUGAUUAGACUCAGAUUGAAAUGUGGAAACAUUCGAAUCUUCAAGGUUUAAUCUUAACCAUGAACGUCUGUCUCGCAGAACACAACAAGUUUUACAGGGAACAGACAGCGAAGAUGAUAUUCACACACCAACAGAGAGAAAUCUAAGCCGUGAACAAGGUAUUAAAAUAACUGCAUGUUGGACAGUAUUCGUUGCGGUGGCUCGCAGACUCUCGCAGGCAUUUUACACCAGGUGUGAUUUAUCUGGAGGAGGAGAGAAGACGCAGAACAAUGAUUCAUGAGUCGUGAUGAAUCAUCUGGAUCAAUGUCAUGAGAAAUAUUCUAACACUUUUCAUAGCUGCAGCUUUAUGGUAGGACGCACCGAUAUCUGGGAACUGAAGGUCAUCGUUUAUAAAGCAACCCUUGUUGUUGUGUUGUGUUGAUCCUACAUGUUUAUAAUGGUUGUGGGGUUUUUUGAUUAACUUAUUCAAGGUUUA